GAAAAAAUAAAAAGAUGGCUUACGAAACGAAGCCGUUUGGAAAAAGGUUCAGUGACUUUAGUUCCCUCUCUCCCCGUGCAAAGUGACAGACUCAAUAAUCAUACCAACACACUGCGUAGGUACCAAGCGAAAUUUGAAGAGCAGCAGACAGCAAUGGCUGAACCCAAAAUCAAAUACGAUCGCCAGCUCAGGAUUUGGGGUGAACAAGGACAGGCAGCCCUUGAGAAAGCUAGUAUAUGCUUACUCAAUUGCGGUCCAACCGGUUCUGAGACACUAAAGAAUCUUGUUCUUGGUGGGGUUGGAAGCAUCACUGUAAUUGAUGGAUCCAAGGUUGACGCUGGGGACCUUGGAAAUAAUUUUAUGGUGGAUGAAUCAAGCGUUGGGCAGUCGAAGGCAAAAUGUGUAUGUGCAUUUCUUCAAGAGCUAAAUGAUGCUGUUAAGGCCAAGUUUAUAGAAGAGUAUCCGGAGUCGUUAAUUGAGACCAGUCCCUCAUUUUUUUCCCAGUUUACAUUGGUAGUAGCUACUCAGCUAGGGGAAGACUCGAUGCUAAAGCUUGAUAGAAUCUGUAGGGAGGCAAAUGUAAUGUUGAUCUUUGCUCGCUCCUAUGGCCUAACUGGUUUUGUCCGAAUCAGUGUGAAGGAACAUACAGUUGUUGAGUCAAAGCCUGACCAUUUUCUGGAUGAUCUCCGGUUGAAUAAUCCAUGGCCCGAGCUCAGGAGGUUUGCAGAAAGCAUUGAUUUAGAUGUGCAAGAUACUGUGGCCCAUAAGCAUACACCAUAUGUGGUCAUUCUUGUCAAGAUGGCAGAUAAAUGGGCCAAAAGCCAUGGUGGUAGCCUUCCAUCAACCAGAGAAGAGAAAAAAGAGUUCAAGGACCUUCUUAAAGCCAGUAUGGUUGCAGUGGAUGAAGAUAACUAUAGAGAAGCUAUUGAGGCCUCGUUUAAGGUCUUUGCUCCUCGAGGAAUUAGUUCAGACUUGCAACAGAUUCUUAAUGAUAACCGUGCUGAAGUUGAUUCUAAUUCAUCAGAUUUUUGGGUGAUGGUGGCUGCUCUGAAGGAAUUCAUAGCAAAUGAAGGUAGUGGCGAGGCACCUCUUGAGGGAUCAAUACCUGAUAUGACAUCUUCUACUGAGCUUUAUGUAAAUCUGCAGAACAUUUUCCAAGCGAAGGCUGAGGCUGAUUGUCUUGUUAUUGAGCAACGAGUUAGAUAUAUUCUGAAGAAAAUUGGUAAAGAUCCAAAUAGCAUCUCAAAGACAACAGUAAAAAGCUUCUGUAGAAAUGCGAGAAAACUAAGAGUUUGCAGGUAUCGCUCCAUUGAAGAUGAAUUUAAUUCUCCAAUUUUACCAGAGUUACAGAAGUAUCUGACAGAUGAAGAUUACAGUGUAGCUGUUGGGUUCUACAUUUUGCUUCGAGCUGUCGAUCGUUUUGCUGCUAAUUACAACAGUUUUCCUGGACAAUUUCAUGGAGGGAUGGAUGAGGACAUUUCACGAUUGAAGACUACAGCUGUUGGCCUCCUUAGUGACUUAGGUUGCAAUGGCUCAACCUUGACAGAGGACCUUAUCAAUGAGAUGUGCCGAUUUGGUGCUUCACAGCUCCACGCAGUUGCUGCCUUCAUUGGAGGAAUUGCAUCACAAGAAGUUAUCAAGCUCAUAACAAGACAAUUCGUACCCAUGUCUGGGACUUUCAUCUUCAAUGGCAUUGAUCACAAGUCACAAUUGUUGUGCUUGUAGUAGUUCUGGAGCUGAAAUAGCUUUGAAAUGACUGGUCUAUUCUCAUCUUCGCUUGGCUGAAAGUAUGUUGCAAUUGUAGUCCCAGUAAUAGUUUACUCGGCAGCUCUGUAAUUUUUGCAUGCAGAUGCCCCUUCCCUUUCCAGUAGUGGAGCAGAAACUUGUCCGUACUAGCGGCUUUGUUAAACAUCUUAUAUAUGGGCUAUUUUGAAUGGAAGCAUUGUUCACCGUGAUUGAAGGGAUGGUCCACUGGCUUGAUGUAGUUUCCAUGAUAUGGAGGUUUGGUGACUGGAUUGAUGUCUGUGGAGGUGAGAGAGAUAGACAGAGAGUGAGAUUAUAAAAGAUACAUUAGUUUAAAAGGAACUUUUCAGCCUCUCACCUUUAUAUUGUCCAUGAAAUAGAUGGUCGUUACCCCUA